AUGUCUCCCUCAAGCAUUCACAGUGGGGAUAACCUCUCACAUUCUACCACAACUAGCGUCAAGCCAACUGUUUACGUGAUUGAUGCAUUCAAUCCUCUGGCUAUCGCCCACGCCAAGACUCUAUUCAACGUGAUUCUUCCGGAAGACCCAGGCUUCGCUGACUGGAGAAAAAAUGCUACAUCGAUUCUCGUCCGAGGCUCAUACGUGACUGCAGAUGAUAUUGCAAGCUGUCCAAAUCUCACUGCAAUCGGCAAGCAUGGUGUCGGAAUUGACAAGAUUGACCAAGACGCCUGUGCUAAGCGCGGUAUCAAAAUUUUGAACACACCCGGUGCCAACGCAAGAGACGUUGCUGAGCUUGUUCUUGCUUUGACAAUGGCUGUCGCAAGAGACAUUCGCUCGAUCACUGUUCGACAAAUGUCCAAGCCGGUACCGAAGGAGACAUGCAACGGACUGACGCUUUAUGGCAAGACAAUUGGCAUCAUCGGUAUGGGCAACAUUGGGCGAAGAGUCGCGGAGAUCUUCCGAGGCGCUUUUGAUGCCGAUGUUGUGGCUUGUGAUGUGUUCAUGCCAGAUGAUGCAUGGCCUCAUAUCCCGCACACAAGAGUCCAGACCACGCAGGAGGUUCUCGAGAGGGCCGAUAUUAUUUCCGUCCACGUGCCUCUCACCAAGGAAACAGCGAACAUGAUUUCCUAUGAUCAGAUUCGUGCUAUGAAGCAAGAUGCCAUCUUGAUCAACGCAGCUCGUGGUGGAAUCGUGAACGAGGCUGAUUUGGGUAGGGCCCUUUCUGAAGGUCACCUCUGGGGUGCUGGGUUAGACUGUCAUGAGCAAGAACCUCCAACUCUGGAGAAGUAUGGAGCUCUCUGGGAGCAUUUGAAUGUCAUCAGUACGCCACACAUUGGAGCUGCCACAACUCGUGCACAAACUGCCAGUGCGAUGGCCGCUGUGAAUAACCUCUACCAACACGUGAAGACUACACAAAUUUGA